AGCCUCGGAGGGUCAGACGGUAGCGACGCGGGAAGUCCGGACGCGGUAGCUGCCUGAAGAGGAGGCCUGAGGUAGAGGCUCGGGCCCUGGCAGCGGCAAUGGCAGAGAGACCCGAGGACCUAAACCUGCCCAACGCCGUCAUUACCAGGAUCAUCAAGGAGGCGCUUCCAGAUGGUGUCAACAUCUCCAAGGAGGCCCGAAGCGCCAUCUCCCGCGCCGCCAGCGUCUUCGUGCUGUACGCCACGUCCUGUGCCAACAACUUCGCGAUGAAAGGAAAGCGUAAGACACUGAAUGCCAGUGACGUGCUCUCAGCCAUGGAAGAGAUGGAGUUCCAGCGGUUCAUUACCCCGUUAAAAGAAGCUCUGGAAGCAUAUAGGCGGGAACAGAAAGGCAAGAAGGAAGCUUCAGAGCAAAAAAAGAAGGACAAAGACAGAAAAACAGAUUCGGAAGAGCAAGACAAGAGCAGGGAUGAGGAUAAUGACGAAGACGAGGAAAGGCUGGAAGACGAAGAACAGAAUGAAGAGGAGGAAGUGGACAACUGAAUAUGGUGGGGAGACUGGCACCUUAGAAGGUACCACACUGAAACGUGGUACAUGUUUAUGUGAAGCUCUUUCCUGCUGGGCCGAGUAGUCUUAGGCAGAAGUGCCUGAGAGGAUCAAAAUAAAAACUGACUAGAAUUAUCACCAAAACCAGCGCUUCCCAGACUCAGAGCAUCUGAGUAGCAGAAUCCUGUUUUGCUUAAUCAGUCUGAAGGUUAUGACUGUUUGGAACGAGGGAUUCAGAAUGGCUAAUUAGAUUAGUCAAUGUGAUCUCUUCUGUUUACUUAUAUGUAUGGUUUUUGAUCCCCAUUUCCCCUGCCCCCAAAAAGUAAUAAUAACUUUCGUGCUGCCUGCUGUGUUCCAGAUCACAGAGGCAGUCAAGGCUCAGGAAAAAUGGGGGCUUUGAUCAUGGUCAAUCUAUGUUUGAUUGUACAGUAUUUGGCAAUAGUAGCUUAUGGAGAGUGGUCAGAAUGGUUUAGUUUCAGGAAACUACUAAAAAGCUGUGGGAGAAUAAUGAAAUCUGUUGUGUGUUGUCUCUUCAAUUAAUGACAGUAGCCAUAAUUGAAUUUUGUUUUCUAUAGACCCCCUUAGUUUGGAGCCCUUCUGUAUUGUCCAUAGACAUUCAACCUGCUGACGUGGCUGCACUGUGGGUACAUAUGCUCUUAAAUCAGCAGUAGAUUGGAAUUAGUCAAGCAAGGGUGCCAGUGUCUUACUUUUACAAAACAAAUGGCUCAGUCUUAGAUGUACCUUUCUGCCUGCCACUGUACAUCUCUAGGAUUUAUUGUCACCUCCUGGAAGGUGUAAAAUCCCAGGCUUUCUCUACUUGUAAUCCAUCUCUCAAACUUGUGACUAUGGUUUUUUUCAUUCUUCAAUUCAUGAUGUGUUCCAAACUUUAUUUCCUCUAGGAACAACUUUCUCUUCCCUCUUUGCUUCUCCCUUCUUGUCUCUCUUCUGCUUCACCUCUGCUUCCCAUUCCCA